GGCGCGCGAUGCGACGGGGGUGAUGGCGAGGCGAGACUGGCGCACACACAUGGAGGAGGACUCGGGAAAAUGACAGCUAACGCCAGCAUCAUCACGAUCACGCCGACCAACACGACGUCGGCCAACAACCAGGAGCUUGUCGUGUACCGCGACUCGGACGUGCCGUUCCCAGAUGCCAAGGACGACGACGACUACGAAGCGAGCUUCCAGCGCCGGCGCCGCAACCGCAUCUUGAUGAUCGUUGCAGCUGCUCUCUUGGUCGUUGGAGCCGCCAUUGGGAUCACGCUUGCCGCGAUCCCGACGUCGGAUGCAACCCAGUCGUCGGCCCUCACCGACGACGCCACGCCGAUCCCCACGCCGACGACCACCCUCGACGGUGAAAUCGUCGUCGGCGGCACCAUCUCAAACGAGGUCGAACCGGCCACCGUGGUCGCAGACACACCGGAGCCAACCCCGGAACCCACACCUGAAGUCACCCCCGUGACUCCGGAGCCGACUACCGUGACGCCUGAACCCACCACGACGGUACCCUCAGACGCCCCCACGACGUCGUCGCCGCCACCGGCCGAUGUGACAACGCAACCCACUGCUCCUCCUGCCCCUGCACCGGCCCCGCCCGCUCCUACACCUGCUCCCCCAGCUCCGGCUCCUGCUCCGCCAGCUCCAGCUCCUGCACCGCCAGCUCCUUCGCCACCAGCUCCAGCUCCUGCGCCGCCAGCUCCCGCUCCGAGCCCCAUUGGACCAAGCACGUACCGGGUUGUGAAUGGAUGCGACAAGAACCAAGAUAUCUUUUGGCGAUCCACAGACCUCGUCGACCACAGCCGCAACCUUGGCCCGUACCAGUCGUUCGACUUGAACGCGCUCGACUACGGCCCCGGCAAAAACAUCAUGAUCCGCGCCACGGCCAACAACGAUGCCACAUUGUUUGAAGGGUACUUUGACCCGACGUUCAAUGUCGUCCCCGGCGCCGGCGGGACCAUUUGGUACGAUAUCAGCGUGAUCCCGAACGAUUGCGGUCCGUCGUGGAGCCAAUGCAGCGGCAGCGGCGUCGGCUGGAACGCUCCACUGCAGGUCGACAUUGUGGGCAACGUCGUCGCCAAGUGCGAGAACCUUUCGUGCAACCAGCCACGGUGCCCCGUCGGGUACAUCGUGCCCAACGACAAUGCCAAGGUCAAGUCGUGCGAAAAGAAAACGUCGUUCAUCCUGACGUUUGGAUGCGCGACGAGGUAGCGGCGUAAGCGAUCGUGUAAUGGAUCGAGAGUGCGUGGAGUGUG